GCUUUUAGUUGGUAUAAACAAAAAUGACUAGAGCUUUUAGUUGGUAUAAACAAGACAAGGGUUUGCUUGUUUCUAUUUGCCUGUGAAUGAUCACCAUCUUAUACACAUGCCACAGACCAUGUUAACUGGCCUCACCUCAUAUCAAUUGUAUUCUGGAUUUUUUUUUUUUUUGUAACACUGUAAUUCUGUUGUUUCUAAUUUGUAGUAAAUUUUAAUUUUAUUUUCAUUUUUCAUUCUCAUGAAAUGGACACUUCCAGUGAUAAUAGAUAAUAUUUAUUUUUUUAAUGUUAAUGAUUUUUAAUUUUUGUAAACUAAUUUUUAAAUGGGGUGCAGUUAGGCUGAGCCUAUUGAAUUACAGUGAUGGAAUAUUUGAGAUGGUAAGAAGAAGCUUAGCAUUCUCAUUUCUUGUAAGCAGUCAGAACCGAAGAUGGAAAGCUGCGUGAGCAACAGUGAUAGGAAGGAACAGUGGAGAGCAGAGGAAGCCAUUGGUGGGAACGCGGAAGCUCUUCAAGCCCUCAGAGAACUCAUCAUAUACCCUUUCCUCUUCUCUCAACAAGCCCGCAAACUUGGCCUUAAAGUUCAUUUUCAUUUCAUUUCAAUUUCAUUUCCAUUUCUUCCUCUCCUUCUUUCUAACCUUUUUCCCCUUUCAUUUGCCUUUGCUUCAUUGCAGUGGCCAAGAGGGUUGCUUCUCUACGGUCCACCGGGCACUGGAAAGACGAGUUUGGUACGAGCAGUAGUUCGGGAAUGUGGUGCACAUUUGACAAUUAUCAGUCCACACUCUGUCCUUAGAGCACAUGCUGGUGAGAGUGAGAGAAUUCUUCGUGAGGCCUUUUCAGAGGCAGCAUCUCAUGUAGCCUUGGGAAAGCCAUCAGUUGUUUUUAUUGAUGAAAUAGAUGCACUCUGUGCUCGUCGAGAUUCCAAACGGGAGCAAGAUGUCCGAGUUGCCUCCCAACUCUUAACACUGAUGGACUCAAAUAAACCAACCUUUACAACAGGUGUAGUUGUGGUUGCAUCAACUAACAGAGUGGAUGCAAUUGACCCUGCCCUAAGAAGGUAUGGACGUUUUGAUGCUGAAAUUGAAGUUACUGUCCCAAAUGAAGAGGAGCGCUUUCAAAUUCUGAAGCUGUACACAAAGAAGAUUCCCUCAGAUUGUAGUGUGGACUUAAAGUCCAUUGCCGCAUCAUGCAAUGGAUAUGUUGGAGCUGAUUUGGAGGCUUUAUGUCGUGAAGCUACCUUGUUUGCAAUUAAAAGGUUCUCUAAUAUAAAUGAAGACACAAGUAAUUUUAGUUUAACAACGGAAGAUUGGAAUUAUGCAAGGUCUGUUGUUGGUCCAAGUGUAACACGAGGUGUUACUGUGGAAAUCCCCAAAGUGACUUGGGAAGACAUUGGAGGAUUAAAAGAAUUGAAGAAAAAGCUCCAGCAAGCAGUUGAAUGGCCUAUUAAGCAUUCUGCUGCAUUUUCAAGAUUAGGAAUACCUCCUGUACGUGGAAUUCUUCUCCAUGGACCUCCGGGAUGUUCCAAAACUACCAUUGCCAAAGCUGCUGCACAUGCUGCUCAAGCUUCUUUCUUUUCCUUGAGUGGUGCAGAACUGUAUUCAAUGUAUGUUGGAGAGGGGGAAGCUUUGCUUCGUAAAACAUUUCAGAAAGCGCGCCUUGCAGCACCGAGUAUAAUAUUCUUUGAUGAAGCUGAUGUGGUAGCUGCCAAGCGGGGUGAUAGUUCAAGCAAUAGUGCUACUGUUGGAGAGAGGCUUUUAUCCACUCUGCUGACUGAGAUUGAUGGCUUAGAAGAAGCUAAAGGAAUUCUUGUUUUGGCGGCUACAAAUCGCCCCUAUGCAAUUGAUGCUGCACUUAUGCGUCCUGGGCGUUUUGAUCUGGUUCUGUAUGUGCCACCACCUGAUUUGGAGGCUCGAUAUGAGAUACUUUGUGUACAUACUCGCAAAAUAAAACUAGGUGGUGAUGUUGAUCUCAGAGGGCUAGCAGAAGAUACAGAGCUCUUCACAGGUGCUGAACUGGAGGGAUUAUGCAAGGAAGCUGGAAUUGUAGCUCUGAGGGAAGACAUAUCUGCUACUGUUGUUUGUGACCGUCAUUUUCAGAUAUCAAAGAAUUCCUUAAAACCACAAUUAACAAAAGCGGAAAUUGAUUUAUACUCAUCUUUUAUGAAGACCUCAUCUAGACAUAGCAUUUGAGAGUGAAAUUUUGAGAAGAGUAGCAUUACGGUAGUAGGAAUAGUAAUAAACUUGAUAAAACAGUAAAUUGUACUGUCUCCACUAGUGAGUUUAUUUUGUUCAAAAGGUAUUAUGGAUGUGAUUUUGUUUAAUUGAGGUUCAUAUCUUCAAGUAAUAUCUUUGUAUUUUUCAC